AUGAGCGCCAACUUCAAUGUGGAUGUGAACAUCACAUCGGCGCAGCAGAGGGCGCUCUUCACCUUCACCGUGAAGGCCGUGCCAAAGACCCCAGUGCCCGUCUUCUCCAACUCCUCCUACCGCACCAACUCGGGCCAGCUCGUGGCCACGUUUGCGUGCGUGCCCAAGCCCAUGACCAUGGUUGGCAUCUACCUGUGCACGGCCAGUUCUCUCACCAACCUCACGGUGCCAUUCAGGCCAGUGAACAGGCCCAAGGCGCUGGUGGAUGCGGGGUUCUUCUCGAAUCCCAGCGGCUUCUACUCCACCAUCACUGUGAACGGCGUGACGCUGCGCGGCGGGAUCACGGCCUCUGUUGCUAACCUGUGA